UCAGAAGAUAACAAAAACAGAGCAAAGUUUUUCAAAAAAAAAAAAAAAACAGAGCCACGAAGAAAUUUACAGAAAAUUCAAAACCAUCGAUAAAGAUGGGAGAUGUGAUUUUGUUCAUUGAUGAUACGAAAUCGAAAGUGAGAAUCACGCGUUGCAGAAUUUGCCAUGAAGAAGAAGAAGAAAGUUUCUUCGAAGUUCCAUGUGCUUGUUCAGGCACCGUUAAGUUCGCACAUAGAAACUGCAUACAACGUUGGUGUAAUGAAAAAGGAAACACAACUUGUGAAAUCUGUCUUCAGGUGUAUAAAGAUGGAUAUACAGCAGUUUUAAAACAAUCGAAAUUGAUUGAACAAGAAGUCACAAUCAGAGUAAAUGGACGAAGAAGAAGAAGAAGUAGAAGAUUAGUGUCUAUAGCUGAAUCCGAUAUUUCUCAGUGUAAUUCUGUUGCUGAUAGAGGAGCUUCGUUUUGCAGAUCAUUAACUUUUACUCUUUCAGUAUUUUUGCUGAUGAAACAUACAUUCGAUGUGAUUUACGGAACCGAAGAAUAUCCAUUCUCUGUAUUUACGGUAAAAAUGCUCUUCCUUUUGAUUAUCCAAUCAUUAAAAUCCUUAAUGUUGUUUUGACAUGUAUAUUAAUACUGUAUGAUCUGAUGGUAAAAGAAUUGGGUGGAUGAAAAUGAAUGCAGGUACUAACAUUAAAGGCCAUUGGGAUACUAUUGCCAAUGUUCAUUAUAAUUCGAACAAUCUCAACUAUUCAGAAAACUCUUCGUCGUCGUCAUCAAUAUCCUGUAAGUUCGUUCCCCAAUCCCUUUUAUUAAAGUUCAUAAAACUCAUAUAUACACACACAUAAAUAUGCAUGUAUAUUAAUUAGUACAUGAUUGACCAUAUUAUAAUAUAUGAUUUCAAAAAAUAAAAUGCAUGUGAGAUGUGAAUAUUAACAUUCACGCAUGCGAGUACGAUUACGAAUGUAUAGGUACCACGUUUUGAGGAUUUGUUUGUGAUCAUGGGAGAAAAAUCUUUGAAAUCGAAAUUUGACUUUUUUGAAUAUAUCAAACACAAAAAAAGUCUAAAGACGCUAUAUACCAUUCAUCAUUUAAUGCCAAAUGUGAAAUUUUCAACUUUCUCUCAAUUUUGUUGACUUUUGGUGAUAUGUUUGACUUUUGAAAAAAUAGGAAUCUGAAGAAGAAGAUAGGUUGAGCUCUGACGACGACGAUGACUUGGAAGAAGAAGAUGAAGAGCAACAACAACAUUUGGCUUAAACCUUCAAAUUAACGAACUUAACGAAAUUUUUUCUUUCUUUCUUUCUAAUUCUUUCUUUUUUUAAACGAAAAGCAUCUAUUUGAUGCUCAUGGUCAUUUUUACUCACAAAGUCAAAUAAAAAACGUAAAUUUACACAAGAAACAUCCAAUUAUUUUUUUCGCGUUUGUUUAUUUUACAUAUUAUCAAAUUGUCAUCCUGUUUUAAUAAACUUCUAACAAAA